AUGCACUGGGUGCAGAGUAAGCAAACAAGUGGUGAAAGCUGGGAUUUCAAGAAGACUGUGGGGUCUGUACAGAAUAGCUACGGUACACGAGAUUGGAAUUGCGCAGACAAUGAGAUUUUGGGGCGCUUGCGCGGGAGCCGUGCGGUGAGGGUCAAUGGCUUCUACAAAGACAUGAGUAACGUACCGAGAGAAUUUGCAGAGCUUUUGUGCAAGGGCUCAACAACAUUGCCACAGCAGCAUGUCCAGAGAGACCUCACCAUCCAUGGCUUCAUACUUCCCAAACACGAUGGUGAGAAGGGACAGCUGCAGAAGGUGGAUUGGAUGAACGCCAUGACAGAAUGCCGAGUGGCGAACCCUUUGCUAGCCGCGUACUACCACUUCCAACUGAAGAGGGCCUGCGGCUUAGAGCUUCAGUUUGAGAAGAGCGAACCCCAAGGCUGUGCAGACCUGCUGAUGCGAGCAUUGCCUUACAUGCUCUUCUCCAUGGUUGUGAGUUUUGAAGGAGGUGAGUCUGAGUUAGCGACAGAUGGUCUUCCGCAUGAACAGCAGUACAACAAGGCCGUCCACAGUGUGCUUCGGGACAUGGGCUACAGCACUUUUGCCCCAGAGGCGUCAGAGACUGGUAAGGGGAAGCCAGACUUCGCGGCCAAAAUUGGUGCUAAAACGUUUAUCAUCGAGUGCGCAAGGAGCAAAAUCCUUGAGCACCUUGAGCGUUUCCAGAAUCUGGAGAACUACAAGAUCGCCAACCACAAGGGUCUCUGCAUCAUUGGCAAUGACAAUGAGAAGAUGCUUGGGGCUGUGAGGAAGACGAAAGGAAGCGAUGUCCAAGUCAUGGGCUUGGUCCCCAACAUCGCCCACACCGCCUACACCGUUCACGUGAAGAGCAAGGGCAUCAAAAGCGUGAACACCUUCAGGGUGGACUGCGACCUCGUGGCAAGGAGGUUGGUGCUCAAAGACGAUGGCAAGCCUGAGCUCUACAGCGUCGAAUCGCUGAAGAGCAUGUCUCCAAACGCUGCGAGCAGCCCAUCUGCCGGAUCUGCAGGCACAAGAGUUGCAAGGUUUGAGACCGUUGCAGAUGCCAAGACGUGUGACUGCCUGGAGGAUUCGCGAUUGCCAGCCUUUGGAGUUCUGUGA